AUGACAGCAUUGCCCACUGUUGAAUUGGAUCCUCCAGCCAUUUCAAUGACUUUUGGUGUGAAUGAUUCUCCUUUAGCCGCGCUUGAUGGUUCUCAAGAAAUUGGUGAUAGACUAUUGGCUGAAGCAGCAACAAACUUAGCCAUAAAUGUAAUCCCUGGUUUAGUAGAAUCAUAUGAAGUUCAAAGAAGAGGAGAACUUCAAUUAGGCAUCUUGCUUGAGAAUAUGAGGCGUGAAAAUUUUGAGCUUUCUGUAUUCCUUCCAAGAGUUAUGAUUGUGAAAGGUGUGAAGCUAGAGCCAAUUGAGGAAGUAACUAUUGAGCACUUUCUCACAGGCGAUCGAGUUGAGGUUACUGACAUGGGCCCUGUUGCUGGAAACUUUGGCGGGACUAGAAUGACAUUAACUUGUCCUUCAAGGGGACUCGUUGGUUACAAUAGCGUGUUCAGCAGUGACACACAUGGCACAUGA